CGCGCGGCGGCCUGCUUCUAUUUAUGUGGGGGAUCCAACAUGGCGGCUGCGGCGACCCUGGCGAUGGUGCUGGAUCCCAGCAGAACAUAGUGGCGGGCAACGGGGCCGGGUCCGCACUCACGGUGGCGUCGGCGGAGACGGCUGAGGGCGGUGGAGGACUGAAAAGCGACGGAGAGAGAGAGGCAGGGCGGUCGGUCGGCGGAGGAGCGAGCGCCGGCGCGGGCGAAGGCAGAGGGCCGGAACAGUGGGGAUGGCGGAGCCGCGGCGAGUAGCGUUUAUUAGCCUGUCACCGGUGAGGCGGCGCGAGGCCGAGUUCCCGGGGCUGGAACGCGAGCCCGACUACCCCCGCGAGCCCCCGCGCCUGGACCCGCAGCCGUUCCGCGAGCCGGCCCGGGCGGAGCAGCCGGCCCCGCGGGAGGCGACCCCCUGGGCGGACGCGCAGCCCCCGGCGCGGGACAAGCCGCUCCCCCCGCCGCCCAUGGCGCUGCAGCGCGAGCCCCCGCGGCCCGAGCCGCCGCCGCCGCCGCCCCCGCAGCUGCACUUGCCGCCGCCCCCGCCGCGGGAGUCCCGGGCCGAGCCGCCGCAGGGGCCGCCGAGGGCCACGGUGCGCCUGGAGCUGGUGCUCAAGGAUCCGACGGACGAGAGCUGCGUGGAGUUCAGCUACCCGGAGCUGCUGCUGUGCGGAGAACGGAAGAAGCCCAGCCACACGGAAGACCCAUUCAGUGAUGAGGAUCGAGAGAGGCAAGAAGUGGAAAUGUUGGCCAAGAAAUUUGAGAUGAAAUAUGGUGGGAAGCCACGUAAACACAGGAAGGAUCGACUGCAAGAUUUGAUUGAUAUAGGUUUUGGCUAUGACGAGACAGACCCAUUCAUUGAUAAUUCAGAGGCUUAUGAUGAAUUAGUUCCUGCUUCUCUCACAACAAAAUAUGGAGGCUUUUAUAUUAACACUGGCACUCUGCAGUUUCGCCAAGCUUCUGAUACUGAAGAGGAAGAAGUUACAGACAACCAAAAGCACAAGCCACCCAAAAUUCCCAAAAUAAAAGAAGAUGAUAUUGAGAUGAAGAAGCGGAAGCGGAAAGAGGAUGGGGAAAAGGAGAAGAGGCCACGGAAAAAAGUAUCCAAACAAAUAGGAGUUGUGGCUCUAAAUUCACACAAGUCUGAAAAAAAGAAGAAACGUUACAAGGACUCAAUUGCUCUAGCUGCCAUGAUUCGAAAAUUUCAGAAAGAGAAAGAUGCGUUAAAGGAGUCUAACCCCAAAGUCCCAGUGAAUGUAGCCACCCCGCCGCUGAAUAAGCCCCCCUCCACUGCUGCAAUUUUGGGAAACGAUGUGUCGGACUUAAAUCUUGGCAGUGCUGAUCCAGACCUCCCCCUCUUUGUUAGCACAAAUGAACAUGAACUGUUUCAGGAAGCUGAAAAUGCCCUGGAGAUGCUCAAUGAUUUUGACCUUGACCGAUUACUGGAUGUGGCCUCCAAUGGGAGCCCUCUCUCUGAGUCAGGGGGGGAGAACGGGACCCACACCCCGUCAGCCUGCACCUCUCAGGGUAUACCCAAAGUGGUGCCCACACUGCCAGAGGGGCUGCCUGUUCUUCUAGAAAAACGAAUCGAAGACCUCCGUGUAGCUGCCAAACUUUUUGAUGAAGAAGGAAGGAAAAAGUUCUUUACACAGGAUAUGAAUAAUAUUCUUCUGGACAUUGAACUGCAGCUGCAGGAGCUGGGCCCCAUCAUUCGUAGUGGUGUCUAUGCGCAUCUUGAAGCGUUCGUGCCAUGCAAUAAAGAAACACUGGUGAAACGGCUAAAGAAACUGCAUCUCAACGUCCAGGAUGAUCGCUUAAGAGAGCCUCUGCAAAAACUGAGACUGGCUGUUAGCAGCGCCAUGCCUGAACAGCUCUUUAAAUACCAGGAGGACUGCCAGGCUCGUAGUCAAGCUAAGUGUGCCAAGUUGCAGGCAGAUGAGGAACGAGAAAAAAAUGGGUCUGAGGAAGAUGAUGAUGAGAAACCAGGGAAACGUGUCAUAGGACCAAGAAAGAAAUUCCACUGGGAUGAUACCAUUAGAACUUUAUUGUGUAACCUUGUUGAAAUAAAAUUGGGAUGCUAUGAGUUAGAGCCAAAUAAAAGCCAGUCUGCUGAGGACUACCUUAAGUCCUUCAUGGAGACAGAGGUGAAGCCCUUGUGGCCGAAGGGCUGGAUGCAGGCAAGAAUGCUCUUUAAGGAAAGCCGGAGUGUACAUAAUCACCUCACUUCUGCGCCGGCAAAGAAAAAGGUGAUUCCUGCACCUAAACCCAAAGCAAAGGAGUGUAGUCCAAAAAAGGACCAGAAAACGCCCGUGUCUCUGGUGGCCUCCGUCAGUGGUCCUUCCACAAGCUCCAAUACAUCAGCAGUGGCCUCAACCAGUUCCAGCUCAACGCCGGCCCAAGAGACCAUCUGCCUCGACGACUCACUCGAUGAAGACCUUUCUUUCCGUCCUCCAGCACUGGAUCUUGUGACAGAAGCCUUAGCUGCUAUCAACAACGGGAAUAAGGGCCCUCCCGUGAGCACAAAGAUAAGCAUGCCAACUGCAAAGCCUCGUCCAGGACUGAGAGAGGAAAAGUUAGCAAGCAUCAUGAGUAAGCUGCCUUUGGCGACUUCAAAAAAACUAGAUUCUACGACGACUGCACACUCAUCCAGUCUUAUCGCUGGUCACACAGGGCCAGUACCAAAGAAACCCCAGGAUUUAGCGCACACUGGUAUCUCUUCAGGCCUUAUUGCUGGUUCUUCAAUUCAGAACCCGAAAGUCUCCUUGGAACCUUUGCCAGCCAGGCUGCUCCAGCAAGGACUCCAGAGGUCAAGCCAGAUCCACGCUGCUUCCUCUUCACAGACCCAUGUCUCCUCUUCCUCCCAAGCCCAAGUUGCUGCCUCCUCUCAUGCUCUGGGAACAUCAGACGCCCAAGAUGCUUCUUCGUUAACACAAGUAACAAAGGUGCACCAGCAUUCAGCUGUCCAACAGAACUAUGUGUCUCCGCUACAAGCAACAAUCAGUAAAUCCCAGACCAACCCGGUGGUGAAAUUAAGUAAUAACCCCCAGCUUUCUUGUUCCUCCCCACUCAUUAAGACUUCAGACAAGCCACUUAUGUACCGCCUUCCCUUAUCUACUCCCCCACCUGGAAAUGGUUCUCAAGGGUCCCACCCCCUGGUUUCUCGGACAGCACCUAGCACCACUACCUCCAGUAACUACUUAGCUAAGGCUAUGGUGUCACAAAUCUCCACGCAGGGUUUCAAGUCUCCCUUCUCAAUGGCUGCAUCCCCCAAACCUGCCACAUCUCCUAAACCCCUGCCCACACCUAAGCCUUCCGCUUCACCCAAACCCUCUCUGUCAGCUAAGCCUUCAGUGUCCAUGAAACUCAUUUCUAAGCCCAGCCCACUUCCCAAGCCCACCGUGUCCCCAAGCUCAUCCAGUCCAAAUGCACUAGUAGCCCAGAGUAGCCACUCCAACAGCAACAACCCCAUCCACAAACAGCCCAGUGGAAUGAGCAUCAGCAGACAGUCGCCCACCUUGAAUUUGUUGCCCUCCAAUCGCACUUCCGGCCUUCCAUCUACAAAAAACCUUCAGACCCCAUCAAAGCUAACAAACUCAUCAUCCACUGGAACUGUUGGGAAGAACAGCUUGAGUGGAAUUGCAAUGAAUGUACCCGCCAGCAGAGGUAGCAACCUUAACUCAAGCAGCUCUAAUAGGACUAGUCUAUCCGGGGGAACAGGAAGUGGAACACAGGGUGCUACUAAACCGUUGUCUACUCCACAUAGACCAUCCUCUGCCUCAGGGUCUUCAGUGGUAACAGCCAGUGUACAGUCCACAGCAGGAGCAUCAUUAUUGGCUAAUGCCUCACCUCUGACUCUCAUGACAUCACCUUUGUCUGUAACAAAUCAAAAUGUGGCUUCCUUUGGGAUGCUGGGUGGCCUUGUUCCAGUGACCAUGCCCUUCCAGUUUCCCUUGGAGCUACUUGGCUUUGGAACGGACUCAGCUGGAGUGACAACCACCUCGGGAUCUACCUCAGCCACUUUCCACCAUAGCCUGACUCAGAAUUUACUAAAGGGUUUACAGCCAGGAGCGCAGCACGCAGCAACACUUUCCCACUCAGCUCUGCCGACGCACCUACAGCAGACGUAUAACGAUGGAGGCCAAAGUAAAGGAGACACUAAAUUAUCACGGAAAUCUCAGUGACUUCCCAACAAGCCAAGGCAAUGAAACACUCAGCUGGCUGAUGGAACCUACCUGAUGGGAAAGUACUGAUGUGGUCAUAGGGCUGCUGUUCUGUCGAUGUUUACAUUCUCUCGUCCCAAGCACUGUGGUGAGGAGGAGAAGGAAAAGAAAACAUUACUUGAGUAAAGCCAGGUGCAGGAGGAAGAAAUGCUUUUGUGCAAAGUUAGUGACCUUUUGGUCUCUUCUAAAGAAAGAUAAAGUUACCAUAUUAACCAA